CCGACUGAUCCACAAUUCCAAAGCACCUAUAAUGGUGUGUGAGCGUACAGUGUGCCUCGCUUCGUGUUCUGACAAUGAGCCGCCACGGUGACUGUGAUAAGUGAACCUCUCCACCGUAUUCCCUCACGCCUCGAUUAACAAACGCGCAGUGGCAGUGGAGAAAGAUAGACAAAAAGAGUGUAGAAAAACGAUAGGAGAGUAGCAGUUGAAAUAAAUCCAUCAGUGAAACAAUAAAAUCAUCAUCGAUGACUCCAUAGUCCAUCAAUUCCGUGGAUAAAUCGUUCAGUGAUAGUGGGCAUCAUCGUACCAGUGAUUAUUAUCAUUAAAUUCGGUUUUUAUCAUAAUUAUGUUCAAUGUACCGCCCAAGUUCUACGAGCUGUGUCGCCUUUGUUUAUCGUCGGACGGUGUCAAAUUGUCGAUAUUCGAGGAGGAAGGGGCACAGCGCAAUUUCGCCGACAAAAUUCUCACUUGUCUAUCGAUAACGGUGAACGAUGGCGACUCCAUGCCACCCAUCAUCUGUCACCGUUGUGUGUACAAACUGGAUGUGUUGCACAAUUUUCGGGAAGUAUCACGUAAAUCCGAUGUCAUACUCAAACAGUACCUGGACUAUGCCAAGCAGUUGUCAUCACCAGACAAUCAGGACAAGUCUUUCUCCACUGCCAAAAUAGCUGAUCUGACUCCACUCCAAUCAUUUCUACAACUCAACAAAACCCUCUUCAAUGAAGAGCCAAAUUCACCGGCAAGCAUCAAUCAAAAUGUAUUACCUCAAACACAGACCCAUCAUCUCGAAUUAAGGGCCAACGAUGUGCCUGAAUCUGAUAAUCUUAAGUGUGAGCCUGAGGACGACACGUGCUCCAACAGCUCGGAUCCAGACAGAUUGGAAAUUGAGGAUCGCGAGGACAAUGACGAUGAUGCCGAUGAGAAUGGGUAUGACAUGACUGUCAAACGUAGGAAAGUCGAGGAUAAUUAUGAUGAUUGUAAGAGAGAGUCACCCAAUCGCAGUCCAGUUAAUCGAAUGGACACACCUGAGAGCAACUGCUCCGAUACUAACAUCGAUCAGGAGACGACCAAGUUGUGGCAGGCACUUGCUAACAAUCGGAGUUUAGAGAUAACAAGGACUAAUGGUGAUAAAUUUAAUAAUGGUUUUACCGGUGAAGCUACGAAUCUCCUUCGAUCGCUCAUUAACAACAGGCAAAUUGGUAUAACAGCGGUUGACACUGGUAGAAUUUCCCCGCAGAUUAAGUUUUACAGAGACACACAGGGCACUACGAUGGAACGCUCUGAUUGUUCCAUUUUGGGGAAUCGAACGAAUAUGCAAUCUCUCGAGAGCAAGAGUGCAUCAAUGGACAGUAAUCCGUCCAGUCCAGCCAGUAUUGGUAGGAAAGAGACAAAAGGUAGGAGAAAACAGAGUUACCCGAGUAAAGCACCGACGAGUCCAGACACGAUGAAUUAUCAGCAGGAUAUUAGUGAUGAGCAGGCACAAAAUUUCACGUGGUCGAAUAAAUUGAAGAGCAAGGGCGAUGAGCAGAAGCAUCAGUUUGACCAGCAGAGUGGCAACAUGACAAAAAAAGUGGACAUGUCCUGUACAAAUUGUGGGACGAUGACGACGACUAUUUGGCGGCGUAACAUGAAGGGAGAGAUGGUUUGCAAUGCGUGUGGACUUUACUACAAAUUGCAUGGUAUCAAUAGACCACAUACCAUGAGGAGGGACACCAUUCACACGCGUAGACGUCGACCGAAGGGUGAAAAACCGACGAGGCAUCGAAAAAAAGAGGCAGCUAUAGCGCCAGCCCACGCCGACCAGAUGGACGCAGAAAGUGCGGACAUGCUGGCAGCCCUUCGUCGUCAGAUUCAGCCCCACUUGAUGAUGGCAGCUCUGACACCAUCGCACAUGUCCUCAGGCCAUCCACCAACAAGCCAACUCAAUUAUCCCCUUCCCCUCUCCACAUACAUGAUGCACGUGAGUACACCUCACAUGUAUUCGGUAGAUCUAGUUAGUCGUGUUACUCGUGACGGUACAAAUGGAAGUACAACAAAUUCGAGUGAUGCCCUAAACUUUGCACAGCACGUUAAACCAGAGCCAAGAGAACGCCAUGAUUCGGAGGAUAUGGAGGAUUGUGACGACGAGAAUGUCUCUGAUGUACCACUUAAUCUAGUGUCAACGUCAUUAUCGGAAGAGGCCCACUGAUCCAGUGAAUACGAUGAGAUUAUUGCUCUCUUGUUACAUUUUAAUGUCAUUUAUUUACGUUUUUUUUUCCAUAUCGACAUUGCCUUAUUAUAUUAUUUCGUUACUCAUUUUUACUAUUUCGCGGUUAAAGAUAUUGAAUUCAUGCUCUCUACGACAAACAAUCACUCAUGGACAUUGAAGAAACGAGGGAAUGAUGGAUUUUUUUCACUUUUUGAAAAAAAUUCUGUUCAAUUUAACGUGAUUCAAGCUACUCAUUGAUCAUUGUAUUUGACUUUGUCUCCACUGGCAUUACUCAAUUAUCGAGCUAAUUCGGGCCCGUGGUGCAGAGCGCAUUAUUUUUAAAAAUUUGAUAUUAAAAAAGCAGUAUUAAAUGCGAAAGAUAAAGAGAAUUAAAAAAAAACGUUUAACGAAAGUCGUGGGAAGGAACAAUAUCAUAAAUGUUAAAAUGAUAUACUUAACAAAGGAUAAAUAUUUUUUAUAAAGCUGAACAUUUUUCUACGAGUUGAUGGGAAUAACUAUGAAUUAAUUGUACAUACACGCGCAAACUUAACAAUUGUUUUUUCUUAUGCGAUUGAAAAAUUAGAACGUGUGGUUGCGGUUUACUUCUAAUUGAUACUUUGAUUAAUUGAAUUAUUCGGUUUUAAUGUGGAUGAAUUUUUGAGGCGUUUAUUUCGCUUCCUCUCGUGUAAUUGGAGAUGAAAUUUUAGUUGAUGAGUUAUUUAUUUUCGUUUUGUUCCACGGGCUGUUUAGCUGACAUUAAGAACAAUAAUACUCUUUUAAAAUGUUUAUUUUUUUUUUAAAUUUGAAACGAGGGGGUUUUGGGGGUGAUUUUAUCCAGUUUCAUUCGUUUUUUUUGGGGCUUUAAUUCAAAUGCAGGUUUGCACUUGUGACUCGGGUGAAAAUGAUAUGGUAUUUACAGUUUUCAGGGUGACUUGGGGUUCUUGAAGUUGAAUUGAUGAAAUAGGGAUGUGGUGAAAUGUAACAGAUUUAAUUUAAUUUUUAAAUAUAAAAUUAUUUCGAUAAUUACUGGUUUUAGAAGAAAACGUCAAGAAAUGUAAUCAAUUUCAACUCAUUUAUUUUCUUGAGAUUGUCAAGAAUUUUAUAAUUGGACUAAUUACGUUUCCACAUGUUGUAAAUAUGGAGAGAUCUCUAUAACUAAAUGGCUUCAAGAGAAGUUUUUCGUAAAAAAUUUAGUGAUUUGUAAAAACGAUUUUUUUUUAAUCCCGAAAAUGUUACAUUUGAAUUACGGAAUUGUCUUCAUAACGAGAAAUUUUUCACAAAAAAUGGUCUUUGACAUUAACCACAUCCCUACCGAAUCAUUAUUAUUUGCCAGUGUCAAUGUGAUUCGCCAUACAUGAUUUUUAUCACAUAAAGUGCUAUUUCUCACUGAUAAAAUAAUUUCUACCCCCCGAGAGAGAAUUUAAAAAGCGGAGAAUUUACUUACUGAGUAGAAUUAAGAAAUUUCUAAAAAAAAAACAAAAUGAAACAAAAAUGUAGGAUUUUUAUACGCUAACAAGUGCCGAUAACUCUUUUUAAAUUGUAUUUUAAAAUUGUUGAUCAAAAUGAAAAAUGCGAAAAACCAUCAUAAUUAUCUCACUGAAAAUGGUAAGGUCAUUCUAAUUACUGUUGUGUACUUAAAAAAUGAUUAAUUACGUACAUGCCAGUUGUACUAAUGCAAGCAACAAAAGAAAAACGAACAGAGAACCUAAGCAAUAAUGAUAAAUAACGGAGUUAAAGAUGAGGAAUACUUACAGGAUGGCCAGAAAAAUAUGCAGGAAUUAAUAACAAUUAAAUAAUUAAAUGAUACUCGCUUUGGAGAUCUAUUGAAUCACAAAUUUACACAGCCAAGUCGUUCAGGAAUAAUUUCAAGUACCACUGAAUUUCAAUUUCAUCAUGAGUAACCCCAAUCAUCAUUGAAAUAUCUCUGUUGGGCAGAUUGAAAAGAUGAAUAUCGAACGAUAAAAUAAACCAUUGAACAGUAAAAUGUAAACUAAAGGUGAACAACACAGGAAAAUGAUACAACAAUGGCCAGUGCAUUUACUCAUGUAACCGUUAAUUAUUCUAAUGUCAUAAUACCUAAAUAACUUUGCCAAAAAUAGAUUUAGUCUUUGUAACAUAGAUAUAGUUAAGGGCAUCGAACAAGACAAAUUAACAUUUUUUAUUCGUUAUUUGUUGAUCUGAACAACGAUGUUUCAAUGGUGGUAAUGAUAAUUGAGGGGAUUUGGAUGCUUGAGGCUCUUUUGAGGGGACUUGGACUAUUAGGGGGUAGUUACCCCAUCCAUGCAGCCUUAUUAAUUAAACAAACAGUUUUAUUGUGAAACAAAAUGUAUUUAUAUAUAUGAUAUUCUAUAUUAUGUGCUCGUAACGAAUGAUAUUCUGGCCACAGACGUAUACGAACAUGGCGAGAAAUUUAAUUAUUGAAAAUGAGAGAUUGAUUCAGUUUUGCGGAUUCGGUUUAGUAAUCGGGGUUUUUUUUUCAGAUGAUUGGGAAUUUAAGUAAUCAAGAAAAUUUCGGGGUAUUCGAAUUUUUCGGUGAAAUGUGAUUCUUCCAUUGUGCACUUCCUCUCGCUAUUCGGUUCAAACGUUCAAUCGUGUGUAUUAUUUUAUUCGCCAUAAUUUAUUUAGAGAAUGUUUCUGGUUCAGGCGAUUAUUGGAUUGAAGUUGAAUAUUCCAUUUUGUUUAUUGGGAUUAUCCGGUUAAUGAGGGUGGAGAGAAAAUAUUGGGGCUGAUGGAAUUAUCUAUGAAAAGGUUUCACGAUUUUUUUACCACUCGUUAUGGUGAUCAAGGGAUAAUUCGUAACUGUUGUUUUGAAUAUGAAAUUAUCUUAGUAACGAGUGACAUAAGGGAAAAAUGUCACAAGACUUUGCUUAUAGCUGAUGAAAUUCUUCAUAAGAAGCUCUCGCAGAUGCCUUUGUAAACCCACCCCUCCCUGAAAUAAUUUUUAAAUUCGCAAUUAACAUUUGAACAUAAAUUCAUUGAAAAUUGCAGGUCGAUAUUUUUUAUCUUGUUUAUUUGGGAAUUAUUUCGGCUACGAGUGAUUUUACACGGAAAUAUCAAAAGACCUUUUUUGUAGUUUAUGAAAUUCUCUACAAAAAAUUGUUUUUAACAUUUUUCCCUAAAACCCACUCCUGACCAGGAUAAUUUCACAACUAACAAUGAACCUUUUUACAAAGAUCAAUUUAGAAUUGCAAUUCGAUUUUUCAAGUUUUGUUAAAUGACAAUUAUCCCGACAACGAAUGAUUUUAGAAGAGAAUGUCACGAAACAUUUUUAUAACUGAUGAAAUCUUCUAUAAAAAAUAUUUUCUCACAUUUUCACCUAAAAUGGAAUACUUCAAUUUUAAUACAAACGAAAUCCAAAAAAUUACAGCACAUAACAAAGACCAAAUGGCUAUUACCACGUGACUCUGCUACUAAUGGACAGUUUAAUUCAUCAGGCAUUUUUGAUGACUCUCGUCACUAUUCGAAUCAUAAACAUGUUAUUUUAUAAUUUAUUCCGUCUAGAAGACAAUUGCCUUAAAUAACUAAAUCCGUUCUUCUACUUAAUUUUUUUUUUCUGUAGGGGGGGAAUUGGAAGGAAUCGUUAGGCUUUCAUAGAGUAUAAAUAUAGAAUUGGAGGCUCUCUACUAAUGAAAUUAAAAUGAUAUUUUUUAUAUAACGUACGAUGACCGAGUAUUGCUAUUUUACGAUUGAUAUUAAUUGAAACAAAACGAGAAAAAAAAGUAAAAAAAAAUACCAUAUGAAUAUAUAUAAAUAUAUGAUAGUGUCGUUAAUAAUUAAGACUUUAGUUGCAAGAAUGCCAUGGGUUUGAUAGUGAAACAAAAAUCAUUUCUCUGGCAGUGUUAGCGAAAGGCUUCGUAUUACAUAGAAAGAACAUGUGGUUUUUUUUUCUCUUUCUCUAUUUUUUUUUACAUCAGUAUUCCACACCUUUCAUUUUAGUCUUUAAGUCUCAUUUCGAAUGAUAAACAAAACGAUGAAAAAAGCAUUACUUAAAAGCGACAAAGAAAGGAAAAAAAACAAUUAAUUACUUAAUUAUUUAAUUAAUUAUAGUUUCGUUUUUUUACAUCUGUUUUUACAGUCCCUCCGUUUUUAUUUAAAUAAUCAAUUGUAACUUAUUUUCCUCGUCUGUUCGCACCAACAUUUUUUUUGUGUGGAAAUUUUGGCAACAGCGACUGGCUUAAUUUAUUAUUACGUUUAAUAUUAUUUUGUACGAGUGUAUUUUUUUUCUUUUUCAUUAUUUUUCAAUCAUCAUCAUUGUAUCUGCGAUGAGGUAUCGGAUGGAAAUAGUCAUUGUUUUCCAGUUUUUUCUUUAGGGAUAGAGGGAG